AAUCCGCUGGGACGGCUGGCAACCGCUCAGGCUGUUUAAUAGCAUUGGCGGAGCCUGAACAGAGGCGAGAGUGACGCUUUCGCCCACUUACAAAUCUCAUCAUCGCCGGGAGGAAUAAAGCCGGCAGCCGGAGGACCGCGGACUGAGAACUUCGGCUUCCGUACCAGACAACAGGUUGUCAAAAUCGCAGCAGGAGCGACUUACGCGCCGAAAAGGAGCGAAGAAGACCAGUUCUUUUAGCAGCAGCACCAACUACGUGAGAAGAAAAGAGCGAAGAUGAUUCCCCAACUAGCCCUGAUGGUCCUCGUGAGCAUGGCGCACGAGGGGUCGAACGUGGGCGGCGCGGUGGUGACGUCGGACGGGCAGCACGCCUGGGUGAGUCGCAGCCCCGCCAGCGGGCUCCAGUACAUCACCCUCCACAACAGCCGCUACGGACGCGAGUCGGACGAGGUGGGCGGCGACCCCAGACAGGAGGCCAGCCGACACGCCGACGUGGCGCUUCACUCCAGCAGGCUGGGCCGGGAGUCGGAGGAAGACGAGGACGGCCCGGAGAGGCCGUGGAGAGACGCCGGCGACUUCUGGGCCCUCCCUUCCAGCAGGUACGGGCGGCAGAUGGACGAGGGCUCGGCGGCGGAAAACACCGACGGCGGCUUCGCCUCCCCUCACAACGUCGACGGCGACUUCCUGGUAGACGCCGGAGCGAAUGAACUUCUGGGAGCUGCAGAGGACAAGCGGGGACCUUCUCCGUGGGCCAUGGUGUACUCCCUGAAGAAACCAGCAGGCGGCGCUGCUCAGAAGCCACCCCAAAAGGCAGGCGGAGGAAAAGCUCGCUGGAUGCCCUUCAUCCCAAACAUGCGCAAACCCGUGUGGCCUAAAGCAUGACGGAUUCACGCCAAAAUCUCCCUUUAAGUUUUCUCCAGAAUACUGAUCCUAGCCGUAUUCUUUCUCCAAGCCAGUCAGUUUGGUAGUAUUGUGUAUAUGAAAGAAUUGGUGUAUCAACAACCUUCAUUUCUUUGAUGUAGAGAAUAUGAUAUCGAAUACUUGUUUGAUAAAAGAACAUCGUACACUAGCAUCUAUCUAUUAUAUAACAGUGUAGAGCUAAUCAAAUGGUUCAGGUUUUGAUCGUUUCUAUUCGUCAUAUGGGGUCUGGAAUUGAACUGCUGAACUGACUGAUAAUGAUUUACAAGAGUGGACUUGUUGAGUAUGUUCAAUGGAUCAAUAUUGCUAAAUUAGUGAGAACGAAUUGAAGAAAAGUAUCAAAAUUCCUAGUCAGUUUUGACGUGUGUAUUACGAAAUUGAGAACAGAUUAUCAAUUGAUUAAAUAGACUUUUGUAGAUGAAAUACAAAAAGGAUGCUUGGUCCGAAUUGUAAAAAAAGACAUCAAUAAUCACAUGUAACCAUUGUAAAACCUAGAGGCAAUGUAUUAGGUGUGGACAAACCUGGCUUUUUCUUCACAGGCACAGCUUUCAUUGUCGUAGAAACACCUGAAUAUAACACCUACAAUGGUCAGGUAAAUGGAGAAAGGUACGGAAGAACAUGGCACAAGAGAAAUAUUGCACCUUGGUGUUGAAAAU